ACAUGCGCUGCCUUCCCUAACGGUGCUUGUCAGCUUCUUGGAUGAGCUGGAGUGUGCUGCUGACUGGGGACCUGGUGGAGGGGCUUAAAUAGGAGAGGAGGCUCGACUCCGCACGGCUUUUCCCUGUUAGAGAACCAGAGAGGCAGACAGCCGGGAGAAGGAGAAGGUUACGGACGACCAGGGGGAGAGGGGUGUCCAGAGCCACAGGGGAACCCAGUUCAGGGUGUUCUCUAACUGUUGAUCAGCUAAACUUGUGUCGACAAGUUGUAUUUAGAGAUUCCAGAGUCUGGGAAAAAGUUGUCAUGUGGACAGUUUGAUUUAAAGUCAAGAGAACAGAGAAGAUUCAAACCGCAGCAGCGACCUGAGUGUUUGUUUUGGGCAUCCCUGGCUGUACUAAAAGUCUGCCUGCAGACAGCUGCUCUCCGGACCAGGCGGCUCCGGGUUGCAUGGUGGUGCCUCGGCUGCUCCAGCGGUUCAACAAAUGCAGAAAAGGGAGAAAAGUUUCGGUAUACAAAUGCUCUCCGUCCAGCCGGACACCAAGCCAAAAGGCUGUGCCGGCUGCAACCGGAAGAUCAAGGACCGCUACCUGCUGAAGGCCCUUGAUAAGUACUGGCACGAGGACUGUCUCAAGUGUGCCUGCUGUGACUGCAGGCUGGGCGAGGUAGGCUCCACGCUCUACACCAAAGCCAACCUCAUCCUUUGCCGGAGAGACUACCUACGGUUGUUUGGUGUAACAGGAAACUGUGCAGCGUGCAGCAAGCUCAUUCCAGCCUUUGAGAUGGUCAUGAGGGCCAAGGAAAACGUCUACCACCUGGACUGCUUUGCAUGCCAGCUCUGUAAUCAAAGGUUUUGUGUGGGAGAUAAGUUUUUCCUGAAGAACAACAUGAUUCUGUGCCAGACAGACUAUGAGGAGGGACUGAUGAAGGAGGGCUACGCUCCCCAGGUCCGCUGACCCUCCAAGUCCAACAUGGAGAAUGAGGAGGAAAAGGAGGAAUGGGAAAAAGAGAGAGAGACUGAAGGAGCGCUUGCAAUCAAAAAACAAAAAGCACUAUUGCCUCCGGUCCAGCUCCUGUCCCCCACAUGUACAUAACUAAGAAUGCCCUCCCUGAGAGGGGACUCUGCUGUACAGAAUAGCCAUAGAGACGAAGUGGCGGGGAAAACCCCUGGAAGCCGACCACAAAUUACAUGUAUGAAAAACAUGUUUGUAUAUUCCUUUGUUUGUGACUGACAGAUGCUGCCUCUUUCCACCAACAAACACUGGCCUCAGAGCAAGUUUUAACCGACAGCUGAUCCUGGCUGUUGAAAAAAAAAAGACUCUCCCAAAAGCAGACUUGUCUCAUCUUAUCUGGCAAAGACAGACAGCAUCCCACCUGACAGCAAAGUUCAACAGCUUAAGCUUGAAUCUAAAAUACACUGAGGCAUUGUCAGUCAGCGUAAUUUUGAGAUAAAGACAUUUUUACAUGAUGAUGUCAGAUUUAAAAAAUACAGCAAAUUUUAAAUGAAAAGUGGAAAAGUAAUGCUUUGGGAUGACUGGCUGGCUGCUGUGUAUGUGUGUGUUUGUGUCUCGCAGGGCUUUGCCUGGUCAUUGUGCUUUCAGAAGCUUAAGAUUAAAAAAUGGAUUACAAGAGUAUCAUCAUGCUUUCAACUCAAACAGUUUGAUUCCAUAUCAAGCAAAUAAUCUGAGAUUGUGAAAUAAUCUAGGCCGUCUGAAUGAAUGAAACUUCUCACAGUCACUAUUUAAAAUAUGUUUGAGAACAUGUCACAACCACUGAGCCACUGUACUGUUGUUGCCCCUAGCCGAGUGAUUCAUAUCUUCUUGUUUAGCAGCACCAUUUCUCAAUUGUAACUGUUUAUUUAAAGCCAACAAAAAGACAAAGUAAGCAUGCUCUAAUACAUUUAGACCACAAAUAAAAUGGCUUUUGAUGUGAAAGGCUCGUAUUGAUGAAGAGAAAGAAUCAUUGUCCUAUUUACAGUACUUUUGAGCUUUUUAGCCUUUACCUUGUUAGCACCAACCAGAUUUCACAAAGAUUUAACAUCUAAUCGGUGAAGAAAGAGGAGCAUUUAACACCUAAACAGCCAGAUGUUUCUUGCAGGCUGGUGGAGCUAAAAGGAGAGUAUGCAUUUGACCUGGGUUCAUCAGGUGGACAUAAACAUAGCUGCCUAAUUUGGUCUGUGUGCUGGAUAUGUAUGCAAGCAAACAUUAGUCAAUGACUUUAUUAGGGAGUAGUACUGUGUGUUGGAUGUUUUAGGCUUGUCCUUUAGCCCACAAGUGGCCAAAAAUCAAUCUAAACAGCUUUUAACAUUACGGGCCCAAUGUAAUGCCAGUAGACAAAAACCUGGCUGUGCACGAUCUCUACUGGAGUGACAAGAGUCAGUUCCAUUACAUCAGCACAUGAGAACUCCUCUGGUAUUAUUUGUGCGGCCUGGAUUUGGACGGUGACUCCAGGCUCUGUUUUUGUGUAGGAAAAUUGUGUAUUUUCUGGUGGAGACAGUCUUUCUAUUCCUUUCUAUUGGUAACCUAUGGGUCAACUGAACAUAUGGGGAAACGCUCAUGGAGGUACGUUGUUGUAAAGGUUGUAGGGGUGUGGGGGUCACUUGGGUAGGGAUUGGUUAAUUUUUGUACACUAUUUAUUUGAUAUGCAUUCAGUGCAUUAUCUGUUGUCCAAAAUUUGGCAUUGUUUAGUGUGCUGAUACUUGAAUCCAAUCUACGAUUUCUCAGUAUCUGUUUAGCUAAUGCUGAGAAUGGCUGAGUAAUUUUCAACACAACUUGGGUUCAGUGAAUUGCACUCUGCAGUGGGUCGGUCACCUUAUGACCCAGUUAUCCUGAUUACACUGGCGACCUGCUGCAGAGGAGGUGCAUCCUUUUCAGCUGAGAGGAAGAAAAACUUUUCACCAAGCUGCACAAAGAUCAGCAUCUGAAUAUGUGCAACAGCACUCUUUCUUAGUUUGAAAAGGAAAUGCCAUUCCUUAAUUUGUAAAUUGUUGGUGUACAUAAGAGAAAUAUUCAUUUUUGCUUGCUCUUGUACAAUGAGUUCUUUUUAAGUGUCAUCCAGCAUGAGAUGUUUAUUUUUAGGACAACACUUGUAAAUACUAUAAUUGUAAUAAUUUUAAGCACAAAUGUAAUACAGUUUUAUUGUGUUA